AUGAAUCCAACCUCACCACCCUCCGCUCGAGGGAUGCUACACGAUAUACCGACUGAAUCUGAUGACGAACAGUACGAUGGCUUACUAGCUGAAAAUGAAGUGAUAGAAGGUGAUUUCACAUUCAGAGCUGUAUCGGUUGGAUUAGGUGUAGGGGUGAUACUGUGUAUGACCAAUAUCUACUUCGGCUUGCAGACAGGAUGGGUAUCAAUGAUGUCCCUUCAAUCUGCUCUUCUCGGUUUCGCCCUUUUCAAACUCUUACCUCACUUACCAUCCCUCUUCCCCGCCUCUCGUCCGCUCACACCCCAGGAGAACGUCGUCCUGCAGACCACAGCUGUAGCAACGGGUACUAUGCCCCUUGCAGCUGGUCUGGUAGGCAUUAUACCCGCCUUGGAGAUGAUGACGGUCAAGGAAGAUGGGAGGGAACCUAUCAAAUUGGGUUAUACGAGUUUGGUAGCUUGGUGUUUGGCCGUGGCGUUUUUUGGUGUAUUCUUAGCUGCUCCACUGAGAAGGCAGGUCAUAGUAAAAGAGAAGUUGGUGUUUCCUUCUGGAACUGCGACUGCUCAAUUGAUCUCACUUCUUCAUCGGAUACCCCCACCUUCCCAAACCCUGAAGCCCUCUGCUGGAGCAUAUCGACGUCUACCCAGAACUUCCAGAUCGGUGUCUCCUCCGGGCUACGCCAGUAGAGAUGAUGCAGAUGAAGAACCGCAUAAUGCAGCGGAGAAGGAUAGCGAGGUCAUGAGAGGUUCGGGAUGGUGGGCUUUAGGCCUUAGUUUCUUUGCUAGUGGUUCUUUGACUGUACUAAGCUUCUUAUUUCCCAUUAUAUUUGCUAUUCCCAUCUUUGAUAUAUUCAGUUUACCGUUCGAGACUAGCUUAGCAGCAGGCUGGAUGUGGUGGUUCACUCCGUCACUCUCAUACGUAGGUCAAGGUAUUAUCAUGGGAUUCCCCGUGACGGUAUCCAUGAACAUCGGUAUGCUGGUGGGAUGGGCAAUUUUAUCGCCUUUAUCUAAACAUCUAGGAUGGGCACCUGGACCAGUAGGAUCAACAACAGAAGGAGCAAGGGGAUGGAUUCUUUGGGUAGCAUUAGCUAUAAUGAUAGCGGAAUCUAUCAUAUCCCUCUUACCCAUUACCAUCUCGUCCACUUCCACUUUGAUCCGUCACUACAAACAACGUUCGGGCGGUCCUCGUAUAUUUCAAGCAAGCUCUUCACCUAGAACAUCGAAUGUUACCGAGGAUGAUUAUUAUGAUCCCCUAGAUGAACAUGAAGAAGAUGAUCCAGAGAACGAACCCCCCGAGAGACUCGUACCCAUGUCUUGGGUCAAGAUUGGUUUGGUUUCAAGUGCGAUCUUAGGUGUGGGACUGGUGUGGGCUGUAUUUGGCAAAGAUGGUAUUCAUCCCUGGGCUACGGCGUUGGGAUUGGUAUUGGCUAGUAUGCUAAGUCUGAUCGGUGUGAGGGCAUUAGGAGAGACAGAUCUCAAUCCAGUUUCAGGUAUAGGGAAAAUCAGUCAAUUGAUCUUCGCUGUUCUCCAACCUGGAAACGUAGUAGCGAAUAUCAUUGCAGGUGGUGUAGCUGAGGCGGGUGCUCAGCAAGCCGGUGAUCUCAUGCAAGAUCUUAAAACGGGACAUCUUCUCCGAGCAUCACCUCGAAGUCAGUUUUACGGUCAGAUGAUUGGAUCACUGGCAAGUGUGUUCGUAGCCACGGCAGGAUACAAAUUCUAUACUUCUACGUACGAAAUACCCGGUCCACAAUUUGCAGUUCCAUCUGCAGGUAUAUGGUUGAACCUCGCUCGAUUAUUGAAUAACGGUCAAUUACCAUCCCACGUCAUACCAUUCAUGUUAUCUUUCGGACUCUUGUUCGGUAUCAUAUCAGCUUUGAAAGCAUUCAAGAGAUAUCUCCCACCCUCAUCUCAAAAGUGGAUUCAGUAUCUGCCAUCUGGAAUAGCAUUCGCAGUAGGGUUCUUGAAUUCACCUUCGUUCUCUAUAGCAAGGUUGAUAGGUGGUUAUAUCGCCUAUCGAGCUUCCAAGAGCUCACCUACCGGAGAGACACCACUGUUGGCUAUAGUCGUAGCGAGUGGGUUUGUGUUGGGUGAAGGAGUGUUGAGUAUCGUCACGCUCACUAUGGCCAGUACGGGUGUGAGGGCUUUGAGUUGUUUUGGAUGUGGAAUUGCAGGUGGAGGAUAUUGUUCGGGUGGAUGUUAG